AUGUCACCGCGUAAAAGACCCUUGGUUCCUGUAAGCAACCGGCGGAAAGCUGUGGACGACUACUUUCCUUUCAACUUCCUGCCAGUGGAGUGCCAGCUACAUGUGUUGUCUUUCCUGAAUGAGGUGGAUAAAUGUAGUUGUGCUCUCGUUUGCUUGAGCUGGAGUUGCCUUGUUCGUUCAUGGAAGCUCUGGCGGGUCGCUGAUUAUUCCCGUCGAGGAGUCUUCCACUUGGGGCAAGAGGGACUGCUUGUGUCCAACCGUGAGUUUGAGAGAUGGAAAUCCUGGGUUCACCUCUACACUCACCAUCUAAUCUCGCGCCGGGCCAGCCUUCUCACCCUGAAAGCCAGCUUUGAUUUGGGUGAUCGCUGCAACAAGUGGGGCGACCUACUAAGCCAUCUUUUGGAUAAUGUCCACUGCAGGGACCUCAGCCAGCUAGACCUCAACUGGACGUUUACGCUUCUUGAACCGCUGGACCUCAGGGUUCAUUCCAGCUCCAGUUCGCACCAGGACAGCAUCACUAAGAUGGACCAGGUGAGCAAUUUCCAGCAGCUGAUGACCAAACUCACGCAGAGCUGUCCUCGUAUCACCAAGAUGAGGUUACACUUUGACUGGUCAGAUUUGUCUGUGUCUCUGCUCACCCAAUUCCAGCAGCUUAAAGUCCUUGAACUGAAGUACUUCUGGGUCUUUAAAGGAGUGACUCCAUCCACACUGCAGACUCUAACAACAUCCCUUCCUAACCUAAAAUCUCUUACUUUACACAUCCUGGUGCCACUGAGGAAUCUCGGUAUUUCCUACACUCUGGAGUCACUUUCCUUGGAGUUUUUGGACGUAUCACCCAGCAGAGGCCUGGUUUUUUCGUGCCUAAAGCUGCCUGCUCUGCGUGAGCUCCGAGCCAAGAAAAUUGUGCGUGGUAUCACAUUGGACAGGCGCACCAGGUUGAGGAUCCAGAGUCGAUGGCCAUGUUUGUAUCAUGUCCUUCGGGAAGGGACGCCGAGACUCCAGGCCCUUAACAAUGAGAGACUCCUCCCUACGUGGAGAGAGAAGAGCUAUGGGGAACUAUCAGCCAUUUUAGAAGGGUCCUGUUAUUGUGUCCAACAUUUAGACAGCUGGCUGUGGUAA